UCUGCAGCACUCGGCUCUGCUCCACUCCACUUAGCUCUGCUCCAGGAAGGCCACCUCCUCCCUGCCCUCCUCCCCCUCCUCUUCCCACUGUCACUUCGCCACUCACCGCUCAUAGCCUCGAAGGGGUGGGGACCCCAGGACACACCCCACCGUGGCCCCAGAACUCGGCUGGCCGGACGGACGCGCAGGUGGACACAGGACCCUGGAGCCAGGAGGUAGGCAGUGUGCCAGGGUGCCUCACAGCCUCUUCAAGCCCUGUCCAGGCUAUGGGCAUCAAGACAGCGUUGCCUGCAGCUGAGCUGGGCCUCUACUCCCUGGUACUGAGUGGGGCCCUGGCCUAUGCUGGCCGGGGCCUCCUCGAGGCUUCACGAGAUGGGGCCCACAGGAAGGCCUUCCGGGAGUCUGUGCGACCUGGCUGGGAGUACAUUGGCCGGAAGAUGGACGUGGCUGACUUUGAGUGGGUGAUGUGGUUUACCUCCUUCCGCAACAUCAUCAUCUUUGCCCUCUCUGGACAUGUGCUGUUUGCUAAACUCUGCACGAUGGUUGCCCCCCAGCUCCGCUCCUGGAUGUAUGCUGUGUAUGGAGCCCUGGCCGUGUUGGGCACAAUGGGCCCUUGGUACCUGCUGCUGCUGCUUGGUCACUGUGUGGGCUUCUAUGUGGCCUCACUCUUGGGCCAGCCCUGGCUCUGUCUUGGCCUUGGCCUGGCCAGUCUGGCCUCCUUCAAGAUGGACCCCCUAAUCUCUUGGCAGAGCGGGUUUGUAACAGGCACUUUUGAUCUUCAAGAGGUGCUGUUUCACGGAGGCAGCGGCUUCACAGUGCUGCGUUGUACCAGCUUUGCGCUGGAGAGCUGUGUGCACCCUGAUCGCCACUACUCCCUAGCUGACCUGCUCAAGUACAACUUCUACCUGCCUUUCUUCUUCUUUGGGCCCAUCAUGACCUUUGAUCGCUUUCAUGCCCAGGUGAGCCAGGUGGAGCCAGUGAGGCGUGAGGGCGAGCUGUGGCGCAUCCGGGCCCAGGCGGGCUUCAGCGUGGUAGCCAUAGUGGCUGUGGACAUCUUCUUUCAUUUCUUCUACAUCCUCACCAUCCCCAGAGACCUCAAGUUCGCCAACCGCCUCUCGGACAGCGCCCUGGCUGGCCUAGCCUAUUCAAACCUGGUGUACGACUGGGUGAAGGCGGCUGUCCUCUUCGGCGUCGUCAACACCGUGGCGCGCCUCGACCACCUGGACCCGCCGCAGCCUCCCAAGUGCAUUACUGCGCUCUACGUCUUCGCGGAAACGCACUUCGACCGGGGCAUCAACGACUGGCUUUGCAAAUACGUGUAUGACCACAUUGGUGGGGAGCACUCCACGGUGAUCCCAGAACUGGGGGCCACAGUGGCCACAUUUGCCAUCACCACUCUGUGGCUCGGACCUUGUGACAUUGUCUACCUGUGGUCAUUCCUUAACUGCUUUGGCCUCAACUUUGAGCUCUGGGUGCAGAAGGUGGCAGAGUGGGGGCCCCUAGCACAAAUUGAGGCCUCUCUGUCAGAGCAGAUGUCCCGCAGGGUCCGGGCUCUCUUUGGGGCCAUGAACUUCUGGGCCAUCAUCAUGUACAACCUUGUGAGCCUGAACAGCCUCGAGUUCACAGAACUGGUCGCUCAGCGCCUGCUACUCACAGGGUUCCCCCAGACAACAAUGGCCAUCCUGUUUGUCACCUACUGUGGCGUCCAGCUGGUGAAGGAGCGUGAGCGAACCCUGGCACUGGAGGAGGAGCAGGAGCAGGACAAAGAGAAGCUGGAAUAGGUGGAAGUGGGUAGAGGGAUGGGCUCUGCUCAGCUAUUCCUGGGGCCCAGGCCCAGGCUGGGCCAGAUGAGGCCUGACUGAUAGAAUAAAAGACUUUUCUACCAU